UCUAGCUUCCACCAUGCAUCGCACCUAUUCUAUGCGCCAGUCGCGCGUGCCGACCGCCUCGCAGAUCGAAAACCCGCCCCCGCCAUUGUCCACAACCAAGACUGGCCGAUGGAUGGGCAAGGGUGGCUUCGCAGGGCACGCCUUCCGCAAAAACGCCGCCGGCGCUUUCGGCCCCGAUCUUGCGCGCAAACUCUCCCAGCUGGUGAAGAUGGAAAAGAACGUUAUGCGCAGCAUGGAAUUGGUCGCUAAGGAACGUAUGGAGACUGCGCAACAACUCUCCAUCUGGGGUGAGAACUGCGACGAAGAUGUGUCCGAUGUCACCGACAAGAUUGGUGUCUUGCUCUACGAAAUCGGAGAGUUGGAGGACCUCUACGUUGAUCGCUACGACCAGUACCGUGUGACCAUCAAGAGCAUCCGCAACAUCGAGGCGUCCGUGCAGCCUAGUCGGGAUCGCAAGCAGAAGAUCACCGACGAGAUCGCCAAGCUCAAGUACAAGGACCCCAACUCGCCUCGCAUCGUGGUUUUGGAGCAGGAGCUGGUUCGCGCCGAGGCCGAAUCGCUCGUGGCCGAGGCUCAGCUCUCGAACAUCACCCGCGAGAAGCUCAAGGCUGCCUUCCAGUACCAGUUCGAUGCGCUGCGUGAGCACUCCGAGAAGGUGGCCAUCAUUGCGGGCUACGGCAAGCACCUCUUGGAUCUCAUCGACGACACCCCGGUCACUCCUGGCGAAACCCGCACGGCGUACGACGGAUACGACGCGAGCAAGGGCGUCAUCCAGGACUGCGAAGAAGCCCUGUCUAAUUGGGUCACCUCCAAGGCUUCGGUGAAGUCCAGCCUGUCCACUCGGACUCGCACCCUUUCCCAGCGCCAACGCGACAGCGUCGCCAAGAACCGCGAGGGCGUUGACCUGUCCGGCCAGGACCAGCCUCUGCGAGGCGACCGGGACUCGUGGUUGCCCGCCGAUCAACACCAGACCUACCACGACGUGGAAGACGGCGAGGAAGUGACCAGCACCCUCGACGGCGAGCCCCGGGGUCGAGAAGAAGAACGCGAGCCUGUUCAAGUUUAAGCACCAAACCGAACAGCAAGGAAACUAGGGCCACAAGAGCACACAGCUCACGUUGGGGGUGUUGCUCUUCCUUUAACAAAUAUGUUCUUCGUCUUUCACGCUCUGAUACUCCGGGAUUGGGAAUCCCUGCUUGCGUAAUGUGACUUGUUUCCAUGAUGAUUUUAUGUGGACUUUUGCAAUUCCGUGAAUUGUUCCAUCCCCUCUCUCUUACUUAAUAAUGAGCCUGGAUGAUCUCAGACUGGACUAUGUGGAACAUGUUUAUAUGCAUUUGGAAGUCCGUCGAGUCGAAGUCGAAGGCUUGGGGUUAAUUGUUAUAAUGUAAUACUACGAUCUGGGAGGGUUAUAUUUAUUCCUUGGUUGGUUGUUAUUGAUUGAAUGACUGCGUUUAUUGUCUAUCAGGUAGGGGUAGGGAGUACGUUAGUAAUGAAUGUUCGAGUUUCUAUUGCC